AUGAGAGUCGACGACAAGAAAAAGUUUUGGGUGCUCGCGGCUGUUAUCUUGGGCUUUACACUCAAGGGCCUUUUGUGGCUGGGCCUCGGCGGUGCCAUCGUGGCCGGCUGGAGACGCUGGCGGCGCCGACCGGACGGCGAUGUCCUCGUCGAGGGCUCGGGGCCGAGCGAGCGCCAGGCGCUGCUGGACGGGGACGGGGACCGGGGUGAGCGGGGGGACGCGAGGCAGGUAGUCUAG